AUGAAUUUUGCUCCUCUGAACCCGCGGCCGUUGCUGCAGAACCUGAUCAACGACGAAGUCAUCAUUCGAUUAAAAUGGGGCCAGACCGAGUACAAAGGCCGCCUAAUCAGCGUUGAUUCGUAUAUGAACAUCCAGUUGUCGAACACGGAGGAAUACAUUGACCGCAAACACACUGGUACACUGGGAGAAGUUUUGAUCAGAUGCAACAACGUGCUGUGGAUCUCAGCAGCCAAAGGAGUUGAAAUGAAUGGCGAGGGUCCCGACACAAAAAUGGAGGGCUGA